CAGUUCCUUUGCGAUGUCUGGAUUAAAUCCUUUCCGCCAUAGGCAGUUUAAGGAUACGGCAAGACAGUCAAUAUCCUCUGUGAAAUACUCCGACGUCGCGUUCUCUCCGGGUUCGUCGUCAUCAUCGCCGUCCCACCGUGUUCCGGAUGCCCCCCCCCACGAGCGACCUCCAUCAGACGCCGACGACUCUAGAUCAUCCGAUGAAGGGCAAGCUGGCCAUGAUCCGUUCCAGCCGGACCCUAACCUGAGCGAUAGCAAUAGCGACGAGGAGACCGGGGAGGAUUCCGAUUCUCCUGCUCUGAACAAUGGUUGUCUACUAUCUGCCAAUUUCGAUCCACCAAGAGCCCCCUCACCCAUCUCCGCCAUUGGCAUCACGACACCGGCGGCUACCGCAGAAAAGGAUGAAGCAGUAGUGAAGCAGACUGUGGUACAUAAUGAUGGGCUGUUGAGUGGUGGGAACACUAGUCUUGGUGGUGGCAAGACGGACGGCCCUGGCCAGGCCGACGCUGAUCAUCCUCCGGUAGCAUCGGUAAGCAUCAGACGCCGUUCAGAGGCGGAGAAUCUAUGCUCUGAUGAUGUCGAGCCCAAGGCUCUUGCGACUCACCCAGUCACCAAGGAGAAGAAACCGCCGCCACCACCCAGAUCGCAUCACGGGAAGCGUAUCAGUAUCAGUUCUGAUAUGAUGAUUUCCGGGAGACCUCUGCCGCCGCCGAGUAAUCCUAGUAGCCCUCCAUCAAUGACCUCGAGCACGCCGCCUCGGGCACAUCGACUAUCUCAACCAACUCUAAGUUACUCAUCGGUCAGGGCAACGAAUGAACCGCCAGCUACCGACACGAUCACCCGCAGUCGGUCUCAACAUAAACGUCCACCUACCCCUCCGUUGGCUCGUCGACGCAGCCAGCUUGUGAGGUCCAAGUCCACGGCAUCCCGUAAUGAGCCGUCUCCGCUAGGGUUGCGCCAAGAUAACCUGGAGUCGGGCUUCCCCUCUUCCUCCCCCUCUUCUUCUUCUUCUUCUAGCACAGAAUCCAAGUCAACCCCUGGACUGCGGCAUCUAGAACCUCUGGAGGGUGCUCCCCGUCUGGAUCACCUGUCUAGAAGGGUUGCUCCAGGAAAAGAGAAUAUCGCUCAACCUACUUUUACACUGACGGAUGAUUCUCCCGAUCCAGCGUCGCUUCAAGACCUCCGACGUGCCUCGUUGAAAGCCUCGCGACGGAUCUCUUAUGUGAACGGUCUGACGCUGAGUUCCAGCAAUCAACCUCUGCCGCCGCCACCACCACCACCACCUCGACGACUGCGAGCGUUGAGCAAGGGGAGCACAGACAGUAAGCGUCCCCCGGUGGACGCGACCGAGAAUGCACGCGACAUGGACGAGGGCGUCUCAUUCCGACCGUCAAAUGCCAGCGACAUCCUCGCAGAUCUCUCAAGAUUACAGAAAGAAGUGGAUGAUCUGCGAGGACACUACGAGAACCGGAAAGACAGCCAGUAGCAGGAUUGCCGGCUGGGAUUCGGUAUAUACUAUACGUAUAGACAGGUCACAAGCGCGUAGGUCUGGGAGGAACAGGGGUUUCCACUGGCUGUAUUCGAUAGCUCUUGAUAGCUUUUUAUGCAAUGUUAUGAUAUUCACGACUCAAGUCUAUCU